CAAAUUUUAAAAAAUUACAUAUCUUGAUCUAAAUCUAGAUCUAGAAUCUAGAUCUAAAUUUUUUUCCUACUGUGAUAAAUAAUGGAUUUUAGAAAGGAAUUGGCAGUUUUAAAAUUUAUAAGCUCAGUAUGGGAAAAGGAUGUCAACUCGAUCCUUGAUUUGAGUGAUGGCUUUUUUUACAUGCAUGUUCUAAAAAUGUUGGAACCUAAGGCUGAUUUAGCUCAUGUUGAUUCAUAUGAUGACAGACUUCAAUAUGUAAAGAACUAUUUGCAAGAAUUUUAUGGUGAGAAUGUUGACAUCACCAAGUACUUGAACUUUGCGUCACUGCUUGGUGAGACUGAGGUUACAGAAGAUCAGAGGAAGAUAGAACUGGCCAAAAUAGGGGUAGUUUUGCUUGGAAUUGGCGUGCUAAGUUUGAAUGGCAAGCUGUUAAUGGAAUCUGCUCUGAAGCUUCCUAAUGAGCAACAGGAAGAUGUGCUUGCCCUGAUACAGAGUGUCCUGACACCUGAUUCUACUGAAGUUAUGUUGACAGAUAAAAUAGAAGAGGUGUUGAAAGCAUCUCAUGUUCCUGACAAUAAUGUAUAUUGCAAUGAAGUUUACGAAAAUGAUGAGAAAUCAUUCUCACCAGCUUAUCUAUGUGACAGAGAUAAUACACCAAACAAACAAAGAAUAUCUGGAUUCCAUAGGCAAUUUAAUGAUCUUUCAAGUCCUUUUAAAGCACUUGAUAUCAAGUCUCCUUCAACCCCUUCAUCCCUCAUUAACUUUACAAAAUCCCCACAGUUUAUUCAAAAGGCUCUUUUGAAGAAAAAGGAUUUGGAUUUAAGAAAACUGAGAGAGAAAUUGAAUGCGGAGAUUUUAUUAAAGGAAGAAACACAAUUUGCACUUCAGGAUAAAUUACAGGAGCUGCAAUCUAAAGAUGUAGAAAUCAGCCACCUACGUGAGAACCUGGCUGAAUUAAAGAUGAUGUUAAACUCUGCUUCCGAUGUUCAAGAUAAGAAAGAAACAGGAAAAGAAAUGAAAUGUGAUUUAUUAAAAGAACAGGAGUUGUCCAUACUGAGAUACAAAGAACUAUGUGAGCAACUUGAAACAGAUUAUGUAAAAAGUACAGAAGAAAUUUCUAGCCUGAAGCUUAAAAUUGCCGGUCUUGAAAAUGAAAUUGGUGAAAUGAAAAAACUAACCACAACAGAUACACUGCAUGAGAGAUUAAAAGCUCAGGAAAUUGAAGCCUUCAAUAAACUGUCUGAUGCCAGGUCUAAGUGGGAUGAAGAAAAGAAGUGUUUGCUAGUUAACUUGGAGGUGGCGAGAGGGAAAAAUGAAGAACUGAGACAAACUCUAGAGGAGCUACAGUUAAAACAUGAAGGUGAAGGGGAGACAAUGGACGUAGUACUUGAUAUACAGGUGGGAGAAUUACGCUGUCAACUUGAUGAGACUAGGCAGGAAAAAGAGCAACUAUUGGAAAAGCUGGAAAAAAUAAAGUCUGAAGUAGAACAUCUUAAGGAGCAGUUAGCAAAACAAGAACAUAGCAGCGAAACACUGAAAAUGACAAACUCCAGUUUAGCUGAGGCAUUAAAGAUUGAGAGAGACACAAACCUGAAGAUGAAAAAGCGAAUGGACACCUAUAUUGCUAAACACAAGGACAUCAGCGUCAAGUACGAAGCACUGGAGAAAGAGAGCAGGAGUAAUGCAUCAGAAGUGACAAGACUCAAAACAGCCCUUAGAGAACUGGUGCAAAAACAGAAAGAGACGGCUAGUCAUGAAUGCUAUUGUGAUACUGUGAGACAGAAGAAAUCAACAACUUUAGCCAGAGAUGUCUCAGUCAGCAGCCAAGAUUCUUGUGCAACCCAAACUAGUCAGGCUCUCAAACCCAGGCUGUCUUCAGGUUAUGACAGUAGCACACCCAGCCCAAGGGGAGCAAUACCCAGAGAUAAGUCAACUACAUUUACUCAGAUAACCAGAGUAAAUUCCACAUGUAAAACUCAAGUCCCACAAGCACAGACAACUCUGACAAAAGGAAGUGCUAGCCAAGGAUCCAGAACUUCUCUACAAUCUAUCUUCUCUGUUAAAGAACUAUUGCCUGGUGUGCUGCCUAAUGCUCUGUCUUGUGCUAGUGAGCCAGACAGCCCAGGAUACCAAUGGGACAGACUAAGCCACAUGAAAUUUAAUAUGGAAAAUGAUUGUCAGCUGUCUGCUGCUGGUCCAUUGAACCAGCCCAAGCAUGUAAAAACAAAAACUGAAGAGCUCGAAAUGAAAACGUUAAAAAGAAAAACUCCCCUGAAAUCAAACGAAAGUGAAAACAUGGGCAGCUCUACAAAACAGAGGAAAUCUCAAGGGACUGUACUGUAUUUUCCUUUGGAUCCAAAUGGCCCUAUUUACCCGCCACCUAAGCCAAUCAAAAACAGAUGCAGUUCGGGUAUUUUCUCUCAUCUGCAUAAAGACAGCUCUGAUGUAUCAGAUAGUAAGGCUCUAGGCUGGAGAUCAAGACACAGGACAGGACACAAGUCUGAUAAACAGUAGGACAUGGACACAUGGGAAACAGAUAGGACAUGGACACAUUCCAAACAGAUAGGACAUGGACACAUUCCAAACAGAUAGGACACAGACACAUGUCAAACAGAUAGGACACAAAUCUAAUUAAAAAAACUUAGGAUAGUAGUCUGUUGUAAUUCAGAGCACUCCAUUAAUGAAUUAAUGCAAUUAACCGUUAUAUGUAAGACAAACAAGAAAGCAUUCACAAUUCUUUACUUUACCAUGAUAAGAAAAUAUUCACAUUUCAUUACUGUGACAAACAAUAAAAUAAAAUUCUUUAUUUUACUCUGAAAAUAAAAGAUUCACACUCC